AUGGCCGCCAUUGACAUGGAAUACACCCGUCUCGGCGUCACCUUGGGCGCCUGUGGUCUCGCCUUUCUGAUAUAUGCUUUGGUCUAUGGUCGAAAGACUCCCUUUCCCUUGCUGUUUCUCUCCCGCCAGCGUCAGUCGAACCAAACCUCCGUUGCUGGCUUGUCCAAGAGAUUCCCUCCUUCGCAGCGUGCCCUCCUCGCCGAAGUCGCCACCGCGGCCUCAUCCGCUGUGGACGGCCUUGAUGCCGACUUUGACCUAUCGACAUGCCCCAAACUCACUCUUGAAAUAGAGUCCGACUAUCGCUGUGCAGACCCGGCCACUUUUCUCUUCAGUGGAUUCACCGUAGGCGAAGUCCGGGCGCUGGGAGAUUUCCCCGACUAUGCAAAGUUGUCAGGAGUCCCCUUGCCAGGGCCUGCACGAGACUUCAACAUCGACAACGCCUUGCCGAGGCCAUAUAGGCCGUUUCGCUGGCCAUACCACCAGACCAUGUCGCUUCAAAAGCUCGACACUGAUUACUGGCUCGAGCUGGAAGGCUCAUAUCGAGACCGGAUCCGCCAGCGCCAGGCGCUCUUCGCCAAGCAUGGGCGGCAAGUGCUGCAAGCCUUGCCAGGGUCGGAGCUCGCACGCAAGGAGCUGGUCGAGGUGGUUGUUCAGUUUCUCUGUGCACGAUAUCCACGGCACUUUCAACUGGUCAAUGGCAAAACCCUGGUCAAUCGGAUCCUGGAAACUGAGCACGAUCUGGCGACAGCUGAGCCGCUUCACGUUCUCCUGGACAACGUCCCAGAGGACUUUGCAAUCGUUUUGAGGCAUCACGAGACCGGUCACUACUGCUUUCGAGCAGGCAUUAUUUGCUCGGCCGUUGGAUGGAAUCUGGGCCAAAAGAUUGGCCUCAGCCUGUCGGCCAUCCACCGGCCAGUGCCGGACUACAAGGACAAGAUUGAGUUCAGCGUAGACCGGUUCUUUUCCAAGAUGGCGACGUUCAACCCAAUACAGAGAGCAUCAUGGGGACUCGAAGUCGGGCAACCCCUCUACCUACCGUCUACUGAUCCCGAUUUUAGCCAUCGGGAGUCUCAGAACCCCAGCCUCCGGCCGGAGGACAUCUUUUUCCGAGUUGACUGGCAGACUGUUCGUCGACUGCCGCUCUCGGGCGCAGUCGUGUUCAACUUUAAAGCUUUGUUCACACCCCUGACCGAGUUUGAAGACGAGCCCUACAUUCCGUCACUCGUUCUCAAAGUCCUCAACGAGGGCAAAGAGAACAUUAUGAGGUAUAAGGGGACCUGGCAUGUCGAGCACGUUGCGAAGCCCACGCUCGCAAGGUACGAGCGCUUGCAGGUCGAGCGCGGGCUGAUUGACGGUCAGUGGGCUCCACACACGUUGCAGGAGAGCCCCUUCUUCCCAGGCUGGGAGAGGAAGUGUAGACUAGCGUAA